GAGGGGGGCGGAGGAGGGAGGAUGGCGAUGCGCUUUCUUCGGGGUUGUCCCGGCAUCUCGGCAGAGGAGGCUGUACGGGCGGGUAGGGAGGAAGAGGAGCCGCCAGGGACUCAUAGGGACUAGAAACCCUUCCAAGGAGACGGUAAGAGUGGGCAGGGGGGUGCAGAUGGGGCAAAAUACGGCAAGGGGCGGGGUCACAGGGAGAUAGGUACGUAGGUAGGUAGGUGGGGGGCGAGAGGGAAGACCUCAUAGGGACUAGAAAGCCUCCCAAGGAGAUGGUAAGGGUGGGCGAAAUAAGGUGGGGGGCGGAGUGGGGGGGCAGGAGGGAAACAGCGGGGUCGCAGGUAGUAGGUAGGUAAGUAAGAAAGUAGGUAGGGGGAGGGAAGGGAAGCCCUCAUAGGGACUAGAAACCCUCACAAGGAGACGGUAAAGGUGGGCAGGGGGGUGCAGAUGGGGCAAAAUAAGGUGGGGGGAAGGAGGGAAACGGCAGGGUCACAGGUAGGUAGGCAAGUAGGUAUGGGGAGGGAAGACCUCAUAGGGACUAGAAGCCCUCCCAAGGAGCCGGUAAGGGUGGGCAGGGGGAGACAGAUGGGGCAAAAUAAGGCAGGGGGCGGGGUGGAGGCAGGAGGGAAACGGCAGGGUCACAGGUAGGUAGGUAGGUCGGUAUGGGGAGGGAAGACCUCAUAGGGACUAGAAACCCUCGCAAGGAGACGGUAAGGGUGGGUGGUGGGGUGGGGCAGGAGGGAAACAGUGGGGUCACAGGUAGGUGGGGGAAGGGGAGUGGGGAGACCUCAUAGGGACUAGAAACCCUCCAGGGAGGGUAAGGGUAGGGGGACAGAGAAGGAGUGAAUUAAGCCAGGGGGAUGGGGUGCGUGGGAGAGAGGAAAAUUACAGGAUCACAGGGAGGGAGGGGAGGGAAGACGUAAUAGAGAUUAGAAACCUCCAAGGAGGGUAAGGGUGGGGGGGUGUAGAGCAAGGGGAGGGAAAGAUCUCAUAAGGACUAGAAACCUCCAGGUAAGGUAAAGCAGGAAUAUAGAAGGGGCGAAUUAAGGCAGGUGGGAAAGAACACAGCAGGAUCAUAGGUAGGGAGGGAAUGGGAGGACAUCAAAGGAACUAGAAACCAGGGAGAGGGAGGCUAAGGGUGGGUUGGGAUCUAGAAGGGGUGAAUUAAGUCAGGAGACAGGUGGGUGAGAAGAAGAGUGGGUAAAAAGGAAAGUAAAAGGUGAGGGGAAGGCUAGAGUAGGGUAAUGAAGCCAGGUGGGGGAGGAGGAGGAAUAAGAAAUUGGGAGUGGGAGAGGAAAGAAAAAGGAGAAAAGGAAAUUGCUGAUUCCACAGGGUGGAGAAAAAAAGAGGGAUUUGGGGAGAAGGCUGGGCAGGGCAGGUCCUCAUUAAAUCUUAUCGCUCUGGACACCCACAUAUUGGCAGGUGAGACUGGAAGCUGAUGGAGCUGUUCAAGAAAUGGCUGGGCCACCCAGAAGAGCUCUACAACCUGGUGAGGUUUAAGAUGGGAGGCUACAAGACGGUGAUGCCCAAGAUGGACCAGGUGAGUGAGCAACAGUGCACUGUGUUGAAUGGGUGUGGAAAGAAUGGGCUGUCUUGUUCCCUGGUUUUUAAUUUGUUCCCUGGUUUUUAAUUUUGCUGGCUAGGAAGGCCCUUAGCUCGGUGGUUACAGUGCCUGAAGUGUCCCAGGGUCGAUGCUCAGUGUCUCUUAAGCAGGACUGGAAAUGUUCCCAUCUGAAACUCUGGAGAGCACUGCCAGUCUCUGACGGUUCAGUAUCUUGUUGCUCCCAGCGGCCAAAGGACCUCAUAGGGCCCAAAGACCUCAUAGCGGCCAGACAGACACUUCCAGGAAGCCCACCAUCAAGCCAUUAAGGAAAUUGCAUUCCCACAAUGUUUUCCCCGCCCUCCAGCAACUGGCAUAUUAAGUGAUAGCCUGCCUCUGGACAUGGAAGUUCUAUUUAGCGGUGCUGCCCAAACAUCGUUUGGGAAGGGGCUGUAACUCAGUGGCGAAAACAUCUGCUUGGCAUGCUUUUUUAUUGGAUUGGUUGUGACUCUCCUCGAGUCGCUCAUGUUCAGGCACAUAAAAAUAUUUUUUUAAUAGAUAAAAUAGACCAGUAAUAGAAAAAGAUGGAGAUGAGGAGCUGUUGUAUGGGGUGUAUGUCUUAUUUUCUCUUUUCCCGUUCUGUUUUUUUUCAUGCUUCAUGCUUCUACCUUGUCAAGGAAGUGAGAGAAGAAAUCAUGGUUUCAGAAGGGUGGGGUGGGGCUGGAGAGACUCUGAAAUCUGUAAAGUAUUUUCAGACAUAUUUAAUACACAUUUUUAGUCUAUUAAUUGCAGCCGUUUAGCCAGAGACAAUGGAUUCAUACUGUUUCCCAAAGUCCACAAUCUAAUGUCAGUCAUGCAGGAUUUGGAGCAGGUGAGGCAGGAACAAAGACAGACAAGAAAUAAUUGGAAAAAAAUAUUAAUUUAUAGCAAUCAAAUAAAAUGCUAUAUUGUGAAAUUACAGUGCCAGACAGGUCUUAAAUCAGACCAUGACGAAGCACUCUUGCACCUUAAUUAUGAAUUGCUGCCUGUCAGAUUUUAUGAAAGGUAUCAAUUAUAUUUAUUAUGACUUUAUAUGUGCAGUCAGCUUGCCUGUCCUCUGGACAAAUGGUUUUGUUCCGUUUUCUUCCUUUCUCUUCCUUUCUCUCUUCUUUAAAGCGAAAAGCCUUUUCCCCCCACCAAAUAUCUCCAGCGGGAUCUUGGGCCAAAUCGCACUGUGCUGGAACUGCUGUUUUGGAGCACUUGAUGGAAAUUUCUUCUUGUAGUAGCAGCUGGGGGGGGGCUACUUUGAAUGCCAGAUGCAGUGAUGUGGGAUCCAAACUUUCCUGCACAACUCCCUCGCCUCAUUGCUAUUUCACAUUGCCCCAAAUUCUCCAAGAAAUCUUUGAAAAUGGAAGGCAAUUAAGUAAAACCCUUGUGGACAUAUUUAUUUAUUAUUUAUCUGCUGCACUUAUUUCUUGCCAUUUUUACCUCCAAGCUUUUUCCUCCAAGGAGCUUAAUGUGGUUCUCCCCUUCCCCAUUUAAUAUCCACAACAAGCCUGUAGUGUAGGUUAGGCUGAGAAGCAGUGACUGGCCCAAGGUCACCCAGUGAGCUUCAUGGCUGAGUGGGUAUUUGAACCCUGGUCUCCCAGGUCCUUGCCCAACGCCCGACCCUCCUGCUGCUAGUUCUUUCUGAUUCCAGAGCAGAAGAUUUAAUUUAAAGAGAAAAGGCAGGAAUUGUUUGUUCCCCUUCUGCUCCUAGGAUGUGCAGAGUAUCCACACACCGGUUUCCUUUAGUGCGGGGCCACAUUCCCUUUCCGGGGGGAGGCCCAAAUGCCAGUGGUGGGUGGGGGAGAAGCAACAAAUAUAAUUUCCCCCUUUCCAUGGUAAGCAACAUUUCACAGUCCACUCUGCAUCCUUCAUCCAGGCAAGCCAAAGGCAUCUUGUUGGAAGUUUUGGCCAGACCGAAAAGGAACACAACCCUUGGGUGGAGUGGGCCCACUGGCUGGGGAGAGCCUUGGGGGCCAGACUGAGAGGUUCCCCAGCCCUGCUUUUAGUGCAAAGGGUUAGCUAGCCAAGGUCUGGCUGAGUCCCAGGGCUGGCUCUGUGUCUGCAGGGUUCCCUGGUAACUUGCCAGUCUGUGCAUCCCGGUGGGAGCAGCUGAGACUGGGGACCGCACCAUCAUGUCCUUUUCCCACAGUGCUCCAAGGUGACGCCCCAUCGGGUGCUCUGGGAUCUUGUUGGAAAUUUAAAACUCUGUGAGUGUGACUUUGUGGACCCAGCCACUGCUGCCAGACAGCAGGUGUGGGAGCUUCCUUCAUCUGAGGAUCACAGGGCGGUUUAGAAGAUAAAAAUACAAAAAUAGUAACAAACAAUAACACACACACAUCCUCUUUAAAGGCCGGAGAUGGUUUAAUUAGCCAGAGUCCUGGGAGAAGAGGAAUGUUUUCCCCGGGCGCCUAAAGAUAUGCAAUGAAGGUGCUGGGCGAACUUCCCUGAGGAGAGCAUCCCACAAGCGGGGAGCCACCACAGAAAAGGCCCGUUCUUGUGUUGCCACCCUCCAGAUCUCAUGGAGGAGGCACAUAAAGAAGGGGUUCAGAUGAUGAUUGCGGGGUCCAGGGCAGUUCAUACGGGGAGAGGUAUUGGAGCCCGGGAAUGCCCCCAGGGUGCAGAUGUCAGCCCUGCUGAAUCCUCUCCACUAGGUCUUUGUUGGGCUACCUCUCUCGUCAUCCCUGUUCACUGCUGGUGGUGUGUGUAUUUAUGUGUGCUCGCACAAUGAUGGGAGUUGAAGGCCCAAAUCACAGAUUUCCUCCCCCCCAACACUGGGUUCAUUAGACACCAACAUUUAAGUGCAGCAGUUGGCGUCUUGACUCUGAAGAGAGCAUCGCUGAAUAGCUCUGGCGCUAACUUGACAAGUAGGAAAAGCCAGCAGGGGACUUAAGCCCCAGGAAAAUAAGUGCCAGGAAGCUCAGAGGUACUUACUUCUCAGCAAAGACACAGUGAGGGAACCGCCAGAAGGCCCUUGGUGCUGGACCUCAGUGUCUGGACAGAAUGAUGGGGGUAGAGACGCUCCUUCGUAUACAGUGGUACCUUGGGUUAAGUAAUGUUAUUAAAUUAUUUCAGCACAUAACAACUAAUGAACCAUCCCACCCUACUCCCAGAAGCUGGUGUUCAAGCAAUGCAUACAAAGCAACAACCAAAUAACUCAACUUCUUACGCCAGGCUACUAUUUGGAUAAAAGGCGAUACUCAGUUUAAGUCAAGCAAAAAGUUUUAUAAGGCUGUUUUCGUUAUUAGCUGAAAACGCAAUACGUACCUAAUGCGCCAGGCAAAACUAUACCUCUUCUCCCAGGCCUUUGGCUAAUUAAGCAAACUAGGACGUUUCAAAUUCAGCAUGCGUGUGGGGGGAGAAAAUCGUUUAUGAUGUCUUUUUAUGAAUUUUUUAUAUUGAAAACUGCUCCCUGAUCCUAAGAGGAAGGGCAGUAUAGAAAUUUAGCAAGUAACAGUCGAAAUAAUAAAAGCCGUGCCGUUCGGUUAAGCAGGAGUCUCCAUGCGCUCCAAGACGCGCAAACGGUAAAGCCAAGUGCUGUUUAGUGGUUAAGGCGUUGGACUCGGACCCCGGCCGCGUGAGACCCGGGUUCAGAUCCGCACGCACUCUCCCGCCACUCGGAGCCUGACCCACCUCGCACGGUUGUUGGUUGCAAGGAUAACGCCGGGAGCAGGAGAGGAACCUCCGGCUGUUGGGGAAAGGUGGGAGAUUCGAACGCGGCGAGAAAUGAGAUGGCAAUUUAAAAGCGCCUAGGAUCGCGCUGUGGAUCCUGCUGCGCUUUCGUGGCGUGGGGUGGGGGGGAUCUCUUUCCCCUUGAAUGAAGGGAAAGGAGGAGGAAAGGAAAAGCUGGAGUUUGUUUCGCCCAGGGCGCUUCUGCAAAGAGCCUGCAGGGAGCGCCCGGGGUUGGUUAAGUGGGCCAGGCGCGGCGCGGCGCCCAGGGAGGGAAGGAGGCGGGCCGGCCUCGGCUGCCUUCCCUCCCCGCCGAGGGAAGGGGCGGUGGGUGUGUCCGCUUCCCCUCUGGCUGCGCGCGCCCCGGAUCCUUUCCCCCGCGCCCAUGGCACGGGGCCAGGCGGGGGCCGUGUUGCUGGCCCGCUGAGUCGUGCGCCCGGGCGCGCCCCUCGUUCCCUCUCCAUGGCCAGCGGCCCCUCCAAAGCCGCAACCUCCCUUUUCAAGCGUACUUUGGCCCUUUCCCCGCCCCGUGCUGGAGGAGCAGCCGGAGGAUCGGGGCCGGGCGGCGGCUGCAGCAGCUGCUGUUGGGCCGGGGGCCGGGUGCGCUCGGCGUCCGGCCCGCACCGCCUCCAGCAGCCCCAGGCUCCGCCGCCGCUGGCUUCCCGGGGGACCCGUUUCCUGAGCGCGCCGCCGCCCUCUGUGCUCUUGUUGCAGGACUCGCUCAGCGACAGCCUCCGCCGCUGCUACCAGUACUUGAACCAGACCAGCCGGAGCUUCGCCGCCGUCAUCCAAGCCCUCGACGGGGAGCUGCGGUGAGUUCCCCGGGGCCCGGGCGGGUGCGGGGCGCAGGGAGCGAGGGGCGCGCAAGCUUGCACGCUGGCCAAGGAUGGAAAGGGUUAACUGCGUUGGUCUGGAAAGGAAAGGGUUAACCGUGCGCGCGCACGGGUUUUGUUAUGGUUGCAAGCUUCGUGGGUUUUUCCCCUCCCCCUGGGGGAGGAGUGAAAUCCGAAUCGAAGUCCUGUGCCAGGCAGUGCGCUCCGAGUGAUCGCGAAAAAAAGAAGCUUUGCUACUGUGCUCCGCUUGGCACCGCCUGCGGGGCUGGAGCCUGGAAGUUUCAGCGCUGCAAAGCGUGGGUAGGUUUUCCUGCAAUCUGGCGACCUCUUGCUAGACUACAACUCCCAUCAGCCCCCAGGUGCUGAACAUGCUGGCUGGGGAGCUGAGAGAGUCCCAAACUCUUCCGGAGGCACAAGGUUCAGAAAGGCUGGCUUGUAAUACUGUACUCUCCAACAUUUCUCUGAUGAGCACAAUUCAAAGUGUUGGUGCUGACCUUUAAAGCCCUAAACAUCCUCGGUCCAGUAUAUCUGAAGGAGCGUCUUCACCACCAUCAUUCUGCCCAGACACAGGUCCAGCGCCGAGGGCCUUCUGGCGGUUCCCUCCCUGUGAGAAGUGAGGUUACAGGGAACAAGGCAGAGGGCCUUCUCGGUAGUGGUGCCCGCCCUGUGGAACUCCCUCCCACCAGAUGUCAAAGAGAACAACAACUACCAGACUUUUAGAAGACAUUUGAAGGCAGCCCUGUUUAGGGAAGCUUUAAAUGUUUGAUGCAUUACUGUAUUUUAAUAUUAUGUUGGAAGCCGCCCAGAGUGGCUGGGGAAGCCCGGCCAGAUGGGUGGGGUAUUAAUAAUAAUAGUAAUAAUAAUAAUAAUAAUAAUAAUAAUAAUAUAUUGUUGUUGUUGUUAUGUACCCCAGCCACUCUUGGCAGCUUCCAACAUAUAUAAAAACAUAACAAAGCAUUAAACUUCCCUAUACAGUGCUGCCUUCAGAUGGCUUAGGGGUUGGCUAACUCCACACCCUCUAACAUUUCUCUGAUGAAAAUAGAGACCAUAGCUAUCAACUUUUCCCUUUUCUUGCGAGGAAUCCUAUUCGGAAUAAGAAAAUUUCCCUUAAAAAAAGGAAAACAUUGACAGCUAUGAUAGGGACAUGUUAAGGAAAACGGGGACAUUCUGGGAUCAAAUCAGAAACCAGGACUGUUUCUGUAAAUCCAGGGACCCUUGGAAAUAUAUAGAAUGGACAGAGGUUUUUAUUUAUUAUUAUUUAUUAAUUUUUUUAAUAGAGGUUUUGUCAUUGCAGUUCCUGCAUUGCAGGGGGUUGGACUAGAUCACCCUUAGGGGUUCCUUCCAGCUCUGUGGUUCUGUGUAAGGCAGCCUUUGCCUGGUUGGGCUGUUUUCUCCAUUGACUGCCCAGGGCUGUCAGCUCUGACCGGCAAUGGCUCUCCCCAGCAGAUGGUGGGUGUUGCACCUGGGUCCUUCUGCAUGCCAAACAGCAGUGCCCUUAGCAUGGAGGGAGGUCCCAGAGCAUGAGCUCUGCUUGCUGAGCAGACAGCUCCUCCCCCAAACAAGGUAUUGGGUUGGCCUGUGAAAUCAAGAGAACAUCGUGGUUUGGCAGCUUCCACCAACUUAAAAAGAUCCGACGCCCAUUUCUUAGGAGGCGGUGAAAACGCAAUUCCAGGAAGGAAUUGCAUCUGGCUUAGCCUCCUGGUGCAAUUCUCCUGGUGCAAUUCUCAAACUUCCAGCAUCAACCUUUCUUAAGACCAUAAGAACAGCUUGAACAAUAAGCUAGCGGCUCACCUAGUCCAGCAUCCUGCUUUCACAUUUGCCUUUUGCUGGUGCAAUGCCAGUCUCCUCUGGAGUAAGGAUAUGGGAGCCAGCAGCAUGCAGUCUAGCCCCUAAUGAAAUCUAGAUUGCUUUUUUGUUGCUGUAAAUAUUGAAUUGAUUCUGUUAAAUCGUUGGCUUUGGACCUCUUGGAAUUCCCUGGCAUGCUCUGCAUUUUGUCUAUUUGAAUUCUGAACGUUUGCUGUUACUUGCCUGUGUCUUUCGCAGCCUAUUCUGGCACAGCACACACCUGUUGCAUCUUAGCAAGUUCAAGAUAUUCUCUGAGCUGCCCUUUGCAUCACUGCAAACGGGCCUCCUCCUCCACCCUGUUUUAUGGGCACACGUAAAGUUAAUUCCAGAGCAAUUAACUUUAAUUUAGCCGCCUCUGAGAAAGAAUGAAAGGCGAAGUGCAGACAAUGACACCGUUUCCUAUACAUAGCGGAGUGUGUGUGUCUGCGUGGGGUAAAAAAAUGCAGGAGGUUUCCUGCAAAUUGCUUCAGCCAGACUGCAGAGGGUGACCCAGUCUUGCUGCCCAUUUAACAAGCUGGCACAGUUAAAUAUAUGAAAAUGAAGUGUUUCAUCCAGGAAAGUGGUGCUGAUCUGUAAUUAUAAUAGCAAAGAACUGGACUGAAUUUUGGAAAGUUAAAUAAGAUAAAAAUAUAUUGUCCAAAACCGGUUUGAAGUCCAUAAUGUGAUAUCAGUUAUUGACCUGGCAAUAUACAGUGGUACCUUGGUACUCGAACGGCUUGCCUCCCGUACAAAUCGACUCCCGAACGCUGCAAACCUGGAAGUAACUGUUCCGGUUUGCAAGUGUUUUUUGGAAACUGAACGUCCGACGCAGCUUUCAUUUGAGGGCAGGAAGCUCCUGCAACCAAUUGGAAGCCACACCUUCGUUUUCCAACGGUUUCCAGAGUCGAACGGACUCCCGGAACGGAUUAAGUUCGAGAACCAAGGUACCACUGUAUUGCGAAUCAUGAUGUGUGCGUUCAAAAAUCACCAUGAGGGAAAAACCAUGAAGCCAUCCAAUGUUUCUCUCGGUUCCUGCAGCCUCUGUUAACUCUGUCGGCUCAUAGCUCUCCCCUGCCUCCUGCAGGGGGGCAGCAAAUCACAAGAGCAGGUCUUGGCAAAAGUCACAACACAGGAAAAACAGUGAAUCCAGCCAGUGCCUCUACAUAGCUCCAUCCUUAUUUCAGACAUGGUGAUAUAUCGGUAUAUUAUGAUGCUUAGCUGGAACCCAGAUAUCAGCCAGCCCUGUGCGCUGCCUCCACAGUCAGAGGCUGUCUGCUGCAGAAUUCCAGUUGUGGGAACUGCAGAUGGGUGGCAUGCUGCAGCCAUGAUGGUCUCUUGGAUGGCUUCCCCGUAGGGCAUCUGGUUGGCUACGGUGAGGACAGGAUGCCCAGACUAGAUGGGCCCCUGGGCUGAUGCAGCUCUCCCUGCAAGGUUGAUGCUGGCAGUCUUUGAAUUGCACCAGGAGGCUCAUCUGGAGCCGACACGAAGUUCUUUUAUUUGCAGCUGUGUGCUGCGAUCCUUCCUAAUAGAAACGAAUGAUCCACAGUGGACUUGCGAUAAAGUUAAGAAUGAUGAUCUAUAAUGAACUUAAGAAAAUAUUUAAAUAUACCUCCUCCCAAAAACCAGAAGCCUUCCUGCUGGGUUUGAUGGGGAAAGAGAUCAAGAAAUCGGACCAAAGACUGUUUAUGUACGCCACAGCAGCGGCAAGAAACAUGUUGGCCCAAAAUUGGGAAUUACAAGAAAUCCCCACCAUUUUGGAGAGGCAGAUGAAAAUGAUGGACUAUGUGGAGUUAGCCAAGCUGACCGGCAGGAUUCGAGAUCAGGACGAUCGGAGAUUCAUAGAAAGUUCGAGUAAAUUUACAGUGUACAGUGGUGCCCCGCAAGACGAAUGCCUCGCAAGACGGAAAACUCGCUAGACGAAAGAGUUUUCCGUUUUGGAGGUGCCUCGCAAAACGAAUCUGCUAUGGGCUUGCUUCGCAAGACGAAAAUGUCUUGCGAGUUCCUGGUUUUUUUUUCCUUUCCCCCUCUUUUCUAAGUCGCUAAGCCGCUUAUCAGCUUAUCGGAUAAGCAGAUAAGCGGCUAAAAGCCGCUAAAGCCGCUAAUAGCGCUAAUAGCGCUAAUCCGCUAAUCCGUCAAUGGGCUUGCUUCGCAAGACGAAAAAACCGCUAGACGAAGAGACUCCCAGAACGGAUUAUUUUCGUCUUGCGAGGCACCACUGUACUUAAAGGAUAAUUGUAAAACUCUAAAAACACUGGCAGGAUUGAAAUAACUCCUACAAUGCAAUAGAUAAGAGGUUUAGUAUUAAAAUACAUGAUUUAAAAGAAUAAGGGAAACCUGUUGAAGGGAAGGAGGGAAGUCACAAGCUCGGCAGAGCUAAAAGUAUAUAUGUGGUUUGAUGUAUUGUAUAAAAGUGUUGAGAAAAGAAUAACAAUUUAUUGAUUUUUUUAAAAAGAAAGAAAUGAAGGAUCCACAGAGCUUUCACGCUGGCUGAAGUUGCCAAACACAAUGUUCUCUCUCUCCUCCUUUGGCUUCCCGUCAUUUCACAGGCCAAUCUAAGGCCUGGUUUCUGGGGAGGAGUAACCUCUUGGUAGCACAUGCUUUGGGGAGAAGGGACCUCGCUCCAUGGUCUGGGCACCUGCUUUGUCUGCAGAAGAAGCCAGGUUCCAUCCCCAGCAUCUCCAGGUAGAAAGGGCCAGGUGGCAGGAGACAGCUGCUGCCGGUCAGAGUAGAGUAUUCUGUGUUGUGGGUGGGUAGAUGGCUACCAAACAGUCUCAGAUAAAGGUAAAGGGACCCCUGACCAUUAGGUCCAGUUGUGGCCGACUCUGGGGCUGUGGCGCUCAUCUCGCUUUAUUGGCCGAGGGAGGCGGCAUACACCUUCCGGGUCAUGUGGCCAGCAUGACUAAGCCGCUUCUGGCGAACCAGAGCAGCGCACAGAAACGCCAUUUACCUUCCCGCCGGAGCGAUACCUAUUUAUCUACUUGCACUUUGACGUGCUUUCGAACUGCUAGGUUGGCAGGAGCAGGGACCGAGCAACGGGAGCUCACCCUGUCGCGGGGAUUCAAACUGCCGACCUUCUGAUCGGCAAGUCCUAGGCUCUGUGGUUUAACCCACAGUGCCACCCGCAUCCCUAAAACAGUCUCAGAGGCAGCCCUAAAUAAUAUCCUGUCUCUUUAGGAGCUAUGGAGACAUAGGAAGCUGCCCUUUACUGAGUCAGACCAUUGUUCCAUCCAACUCAGUCCUGCCCACACUGACUGGUAGCAGGGGCUUGGACUAGUUGACCCUUGGGUCACUUCCAAUUUUAUUAUUCUAUUGGCUCUCAAGCAGGACUUUCCCAGCCUUUUCUGGAGAUGCCAGGAAUCGAACGUGGGAAGCCAGCUGCUUGCAAGGUGGAUGUUCCACCCCCUGUGCUAGGAGGGUCCUUCAACUCAGACCUCUUUCCUCCUCGUCCUCAGCCAUGCUGUGUGCAUCUUGUACCUGGUGCUCCGAGCCCUGGACACGAUCGAGGACGACAUGACGAUCAACCUGGAAACCAAGGUCCCCAUGCUCCACAACUUCCACUCCUACCUGUAUCAGCCGGACUGGAAAUACAUGGACAGCAAUGAGAAGGACAAGCAAGUUUUGGAAGACUUCCCGACGGUGAGCAAUUUGGCCAGUCGGUCCUGCGUUCGUGCGGUCUUUUUAAGUUGGCUGUGCAAAUCCUGACAUGGUCAGUUUGCUAUAGUAUCUGCAAAAUGGGUGCUUGCUGGCAGCAGAUAGGAAGUUGGUUUUAUGAUGGUCUCUUUCUGAGCCAUCUCUUCUCAAGGGGGUUUAGCAGCACUUUUAAGGUGCCGGGGGGGGGGGGAACAACAGUGUGGCCCCCGAAUUCAAUUAAGUGCCUCCUAUGAUGCUUCAGUCUUCAAGGGAUAAACACAGGUCUUAGACGGGUCUAACUACUGCACGUUCUGGGAAGUUGCUCGCCUGAUUGCGAAGUAUGUGGACGCCUCUUGAGAUAUAACUAAAUUUCCUGAGAAUGAAGAGCAGGUUUCUGUCUGUGUUUGGAUGCAGUUGGGUGCCAUUUUGAGAUGUGCAAAUUUUGUUCUGUUUUGUUUUUUUUUUAAAUCAUUUUUAUUUGAUUUUACAAUACAAAAUUAUUUUAAAAAUUCAAAAACAUAACCAUAUACAGAGAUUCCCCGGAAUCUCAGGACUCCCCCCUCCCUGGAGUCCCAUUUUAAUCAAUUAAAACUGCAUCUUCUUCCAUACUCUAUUAUAUCAAUCCAUAUUUUCCAUGGUGAUUGCUGCACUACUAGUGAAAUCAAAAUCCUUCCAGUGUUUCCAUCUGCUUACGGUAGUCUUUUAAAUAGCUUAUAAAUUUUCCCCAUUCUCUUGUAAAGUUUUUAUCUUCUUGAUUCCCGAGUUUUCCAGUCAACUUUGCCAUUUCGGCAUAGUCCAUCCGCUUGGUUUGCCAUUCUUCUAGUUGGGUCCCAUCAAGAUGGUGAGCUGGAUCUUUCACAACUGACCUGAUUUUAACCACUGGUUUCAAAACCGCACUGACAUUUUGGGUUUCUUAGAAUUUCUGAGCAAUGUCAGAGACAAGGCCGCUGGCUCCCUAUUAGUGCGAAGGCAAGAUUCGACAAUUGGUUUCUUGAAAAAGUUACCACAUCAAAUGCGUCCUUAAAGUUGCAGCUGGACAAUAAUCUGGUCCUGAACCAAGGGGCGAGGGAGACUGUGGCCCUCUAGAUAUUAUAGACUCCAGUUCCCAUCGGUCCUAGUGAGUGAUGAGAGAUGAUGGGAGUUGUAGUCCAAUACUAUAGGUUCUCCACCCCUGCCUUCAAGUUACUAUAAUUCCUGGGCUCUUUGGCUGCAAUCCCAUAACCGCUUUCCCGGGAGAAAGCUCCACUGAACUUGAUGGGACUUGACUUCUGAGUAGACCUGUGCCUACUAUCAAAGUGGUUACCCUUUGUCAGACUGGUUACACUUUGGCCCUAGAAAGAGGUGUAUAGGUCCGUUUCCCUUAAAUUCAGAAACUUCAUCCUUACCCUUGUUUUGAAUUAGCUCAUUUCGUUUCCUCCUGUCACUUGUGGUUAUCGCCUUAGAUCUCCUUGGAGUUCCGCAACCUGGCAAAGAUCUACCGAGAUGUGAUUGCUGACAUCUGCCACAAGAUGGGUCUGGGGAUGGCUGAGUUUUUGGAGAAGAAGGUGGAUUCUGAGAAGGAGUGGGACCAGGUGAGCAGAAUUAGGAAGGGGUCCCCAGGGAAUCUACUUGGGGCUGAAACCUGUGUGUUCAGGAAACGUGCCGAAAUGGAUCCAACUUGCAGUGUGGGAUGUCCUUCAUAGGUUUAGCAGUUGGCAGGCAAAAUCAUGCGCCCCUUGCUCCUUGGUCUGUUUCUUAUUCUUUAUUGCGUCGUCCUGUUCCAAUUGCUGCUGGCGGUUCCCUCAUUGCGACAUGUGAGUUUACAGGGAACCAGGCAGAGGGCCUUCUCGGUGGUGGCACCCGCACUGUGGAACGCCCUCCCAUCGGAUGUCAAGGAAAUAAGCAGCUAUCCUAUUUUUAAAAGACACCUGAAGUCAGUCGCACAAUCACACAAGUAGCUGAACUGCGUUCCACACAGUCGCAAAAACAAAUGAACUGAAAAGGCCUCAAAAACAAAAACGCAAAAUAAAUAGCAAAAGCAAAACAAUAAGAAAUUCUUUUGAGAUUUACGCCGUAAUGCUUUUUUUCAUUGAUGUGGAAAACUGGCAGUCAUGUUUGUGCUUAUGCAAACCCUCCCUUACCGUGUGCCAGACAAAGGAGGGAGAUGGAAAGCCUCCAGUGAUGCAGCUCUUUUAAUAAGUAGAUUAAACAAAAAAAAAACCAUGCUAUAGCUAAGAUGGAUUGAUUGAUUUCUCUCUCUAGUAUUGCCAUUACGUCGCUGGCCUGGUGGGCAUUGGCCUGUCCCAGCUCUUUUCUGCGUCGAAGCUGGAAGACCCCAUCGUCGGGCAGGACACAGAGCUGGCCAACUCCCUGGGGGUUUUCCUGCAGAAAGUCAACAUCAUCCGGGACUACUUGGAGGAUGAGCUCGAAGGCCGGGAGUUUUGGCCCAAAGAGGUAAAGCAAGGGGCGACAAGAGAGAAGAGAGGGAAAGCUGUGACAUUUGGUCCAGGGGAUGGAGACCACCUGUUUUGAUGGAACACGAGAAAUGGGCCUUUUCCGCGGUGGCUCCCCACUGGUGGAGAGACUCGCCUGGCAUAUCUUUAGAUGCCAGGCAAAAACAUUCCUCUUCUCCCAGGCCUUUGCCUAAUUAAACAACCUAUGGCCUUUUAAACUCUUAUGUGUGUGGCAGGGUAUUGUCUUUAUUUGAUGAUGAUGAUGAUGAUGAUGAUAUAUAAUUUAUUUAUACCCUGCCCAUCUGGCUGGGUUUCCCCAGCCACUCUGGGUGGCUCCCAACAGAACACCAAUAUCAGUAAUAAAAAAGCAACAACAUCAAAUAUUAAAAACUUCCCUAAAAAAGGGCUAUGAUACUAUGGUAUGUAUUUUGUGGUUUUUAUAAAAUAAUAAAUAAUAUAUUUUUAUAAAUAUAUAUUAUAUUAUAUUAUUUUAUAAAUAAUAAAUAAUAAUAAUUUUUAUACUCCGCCCAUCUGGCUGGGUUUUCCCAGCCACUCUAGGCAGUUUAAAACAUAUCUAAAAAUAAUAAUAAUAAAUCAGUCAUUAAAAACUUCCCUAAACAGGGCUGUCUUUGGGUGACGGGCAGUACAGAAAUUUAAUAAGUAAAUAAAAGUUUUUUAUAUAUAUAUAUAUAUAUAUAUAUAUAUAUAUAUAUAUAUAUAUAUAUAUACACACACACACACACACACACACACACUAAGCCUCCUCCCCACAAGGAACUAGAUAUGUAGGCUGUUGCUGGGUAUUUUGAUCUGCUUCUAGUUUAUUGCCGAAUUUAUUUAAUUCCCCACCACCUGCAAUGUUUAAAAUAGUUUCUUUCGGCUAGGUUUUUUGUUUGUUUUGUUUUUACCAAUAAUUGUAUUGCUUUGUUCUCUUUGUAAACCCCUUUGAGGUUUGCUUUUUAAAAACAAAACAAAGAAAGUGGUGUGUGGAUUUUACGAAAUAAAUAUAUAAUAAAUGGGGACAAAAUGUAUCGAGUCGGAUAAAAACCAAUCAUUUAACAAAACUGGAAUAAAAUGAAAGUUGCAAACGAACAGACAGACACCACACAAGCUUAAAUACGUAAGCAAAGAACUAGUGGGAAGAGGAAAUUCUCAGGGCAGGGCUGCAUAGCCACUCUCAGUUCACAUCCUGCAUCAACGGGGGUCAGACUAGAUGACCGUUGGGGGUCCCUUCCAGUUGUAUGACUCUGAUAGCUUCUCGGUGUCUCCCAGGUUUGGAGCAAGUACGCGAAGAAGCUGUCUGACCUGACCAAGCCGGAGAACAUCGACAAGGCUGUUCAGUGCAUGAAUGAGCUCAUCACCAACGCCUUGCACCACGUCCCUGACGUCUUGACGUAUUUGUCCCGCCUGAAGAACCAGAGUGUCUUCAACUUCUGCGCUAUUCCGCAGGUGGGUAGGGGCGCGUGGCUUGCAAAGCUGUCUCCCGCUUCGGAGGUGCUCUUCUGUUUCCCUUCAUCUCCCAUUAACAGGGCCGGAUUCAGGUUUGAUGAGGCCCUAAGCUACUGAAGGUAAUGGGGCCCUUUAUAUGUCCAGCCGUCCUUUGUCAACAACAAAUUGCCACUGUGUUUUUUUUGUUGAAUAUAUGCUAUAUGUGGAAACAAAACAAAACAAAAUUCCUUCCAGUAGCACUGUUUAGAUUUGGGCAGCUUUUCUGCUGUACAGUCAUACCUCGAGUUGUGUUUGCUUCACGUUGUGUUUUUUCAGGUUACAAAUGUGCUAGUAAGCUUUCCUUUGCAGAGUGCUGUACAUUGCUCUGAAUUUAUUUGUAUCUAAUGACCUUUUUUUAAAAAAAGCUUUAUUAGAACAAUACAUACAUUUUACAAAACAAUAACAACAAACUGAAACACCAAAAACAUCACAUGAAGUUCAGAUAACACAAGGGGAUGAAUGGAAGUCAAGAGAACAUGUAUCUAAUGACCUUUGAUAGCCCAGAAUCAAGCAGGAUUGUUUUUGUGACUUCUCUUCUUCUCCCCCCUCCACUCCUGGUCCACAGGUGAUGGCCAUCGCCACGUUGGCUGCCUGCUACAACAACCAGCAAGUCUUCCGGGGAGUGGUGAAGAUUCGGAAGGGACAAGCUGUCACUCUGAUGAUGGACGCAACAAACAUGCAGGCUGUUAAAGCCAUCAUGUACCAGUAUGUGGAAGAGGUGAGUUCAUGAUCGCCGUAGGUUUUAUUUCUGUGCCUCUUUUCCAUGGUAGAACCAUACUCAAAGCGUCUUACGCCAACAUACAGAAUAAAAUACAGCAACAUUUCAAGGUAAGUUACAAAACCAAACUCAACUUAAAUGAACAUCAACAGGGCAAACGAAAACCUCACGUCUUCUAAAAGUUGCAUAGUGUGGUUAUAAACUUGAGAUUGGCAAACCUCAGUCAGUUGACCUACUGGUGGGGCUGGAAAUUAAGGGCAGACAAAUUUGGGGGCUGCCUGCUGUGGCGUUUGCCUCCUAGGUGGGUCGUAAGGAGAGGGUUAAAAUGAGUGUGAUGUGAUUGGCCAGUGGAAACUGAUAGGAGGAGUUAGAGUGAGAGGGUGUUGUGUGGAAGUUAGUUGAGAGUUGGGAGUUGAAGAAGGAAGAGGGAGGAUAUAAGUCUGUGGUUGAUCGAGUUGUGUGGUGAAAGAAUGAGAGGAAGUGUUAGGUGGAGUCAGAUAGUUAGUUGGGAUAAUCAGUUUGAAGUUGUUAGGAACGAAUAGGACAGUUAAGGAACUAAGAUUAAGAAACUGCCAAGAAAAACUAACUGAAACCAUAAGCUUGUUCAUGCCUAUAAAAUAAACUUGAUUAUUUGUUAAUGAUACCAACUGACUGGUCUCCGUGUGUACCCGUGAGGAGAAACGGCUUGGUGGCAGCGAAGAAAGCAAACACAGUGGUGGCACAGGGUCAGUAGACCGUCAAACGUCCCGGGGCCCUGUCUGAUCGCCACACCUGCUUUAUUUGUUUUGAGGUGAAUUUGCUACUAGUUUGUUGCUGUAAUAAGACAAGGCUACUUUGCUUCUGGGAUGCGGGUGGCGCUGUGGUCUAAACCACAGAGCCUAGGACUUGCCGAUCAGAAGGUCAGUGGUUCGAUUCCCUACGAAGGGGUGAGCUCCCGUUGCUCGGUCCCUGCUCCUGCCAACCUAGCAGUUCGAAAGCUCGUCAAAAUGCAUGUAGAUAAUUAGGUACCACUCCGAUGGGGAGGUAAACGGUGUUUCCGUGCACUGCUCUGGUUCGCCAGAAGCGGAUUAGUCAUGCUGGCCACAUGACCACAUGUGGACAAACGCCGGCUCCCUCGGCCAAUAAAGCGAGAUGAGCACAGCAACCCCAGAGUCGUCCGCGACUGGACCUAAUGGUCAGGGGUCCCUUUACCUUUACCUUUACUUUGCUUCUGGUGUGUUAAGGCAAUAAAAGGCGGCCACUUCGCUUCUGGUGUGUUGCUGUUAUUAAACAAUAAAUAACAGCAGAGCUGUUUGGAUGAAUGCUGCCUUAGUGAAAGCUGGUUCUUCUCUCCUGCAGAUCCAUCAGAAGAUCCCAAGUACAGAUCCUUCCUCCAGCAAGAUACAGCAGAUCAUUGCCUCUGUCCGAUCCGUUAGCCUACCCAGCGGCGCCCUGGUCUCCCGGACCCAUUACUCUCCCAUCUACCUGUCCUGCGUGAUGCUCUUAGCUGCGUUGAGCUGGCAGUACCUGAGCACCGUGUCGAAAGCCGCAGAGGAAUACGUCCAUACAGGCGAGAACUGAGAUCAGAUUUCCCAGGAUGCCACGCCCUUCGCUCCGGGAUGGAAUAUGCUGCUGUUAUUAUUUCCUUGCCCCUUGGGAAUGGGAGAACUGUUGGAGAAGGGCUUGGAACCUUGCAAGCUAAAGUUGGAGCCAGAAGAUUUCACCUAGAAAGCAAUUACUUGCUAGCUUUGAAGCGUCUAACAAAUUGCAGUUUCCAGACCUCUAAUUUUUUCCUUCCUCUUUUGGAAGAACUGGUUACAGGCAAGUCUGUCAUUGGAGUCUGUCUUAAUAUAUUUUUCCUUCCAUUUCUUUCCUGCAGACCUGUUUGGAUCUGCGUCUUUUUGUGUGUUUUUGACAUAGAGUGUUUUUUAACUAGAGUGUUUGAAGGUGCCUCUUUGUCGCUUGUGAAUUUUGACAGUAAAAAGGGAAAGAAAAAAAUACUGCGAUGAAGCCUCCUGCUCUCUUUUUCUUCUGUUUUUAUUCAAGUUGUUAAAAUUCAGCAACCAAAGCAACACAAGAGUCCAUGAUGUGGUUAUCUUGAGUCGGGCUUAUUUAGAAAUCACAGCAAGUUCUAAUAUUUACCAAGGAUUUACCCCGGCUCGUUUUAGAACGGGCCUUCUCUGCAGUGACUCCCCGUCUGGCGCCUUAGGUGCCAGGCAAAAAUGUUCCUUUUUCAGCAGGCCUUCGGUUGAUCUUACUGACAUCCAACACCCUUUUAGAAUGUGGUUCUUUUCUGGAAGGGUGUUAUUGGGUUAUUGUUUUUGGUUUGAUUUUAUAUGUUGUGGUCUUGCUUGUGAACCGCCCUGAGACCUCCGGGUAUAGGGCGGUGUAUCAAUUGAAUUAAUAAUAAUAAUAAUAAUAAUAAUAAUAAUAAUAAGCAGCAGCAGACCUUUGACACGUUUCUCCCACCACAGACCCCUCUGGCAAACCUUAAAGGUUAGAUUUCUAUAUUGUAAAGCUAAGCUAAGGGAUUUUGUGGUAGUAACAAAACACACAUUGUGGGUGGCAUCCUUGUUUUCACAGAGGGAUUCUUUGAUGUGGAACGUGGAUUGCAAAAUGCACACAACUGACAGGCAAUUUCUUUGCUUCUGGUUGGUGCAAAAGCCUAUGAGUUUGAACAGGCAUCCCCAAACUUGGCCCUCCAGCUGUUUCUGGACUACAACUCCCAUCAUCCCUAGCUAACAGGACCAGUGGUCAGGAAUGAUAGGAAAUGUAGUCCCAAAACAUCUGGAGGGCCGAGUUUGGGGAUGCCCAAGUUUGAGGGUCAGCAUUUGAGAAGCAGGCUCACUCGCUUUCAAUCCUGUGACUGGCUUUGUUCUAAGAUGCUCGAGGCUCCCAGGCGUUGUUGGACUACAACUCCCAUGAUGCAGAGGCAGCAGUCAUGGAUGAUGGGAGCGGUAGUCCAACAACAUCUGAGAGACCAAGCUAGAGAAUGCUUUAGACCAGUCUUUCUCAAUCUCCCUUAUUUGGAGAAGAACGUCUAUUGUGUGUGUUCUCAAAAAGGUCUGAGGCCAGGCUGCUGAGAUGGGCCCUUUAAUAAAAAUAACUUGGGGACAAUCAGUAGAAUGCAUCAUUGUUCCUAGGCAAGGGGCUGUUUUUAUGUUCAGUAAAGGUAAAGGGACCCCUGACCGUUAGGUCCAGUCGUGGCCGACUCUGGGGUUGCGGCGCUCAUCUCGCUUUACUGGCCGAGGGAGCUGGCGUACAGCUUCCGGGUCAUGUGGCCAGCAGAACUAAGCCGCUUCUGGCAAACCAGAGCAGCGCACGGAAACGCCAUUUACCUUCCCGCUGGAGUGGUACCUAUUUAUCUACUUGCACUUUGACGUGCUUUCGAACUGCUAGGGGGGGCAGGAGCAGGGACCGAGCAACGGGAGCUCACCCCAUCGCAGGGAUUCGAACCGCCGACCUUCUGAUCGGCACGUCCUAGUUUAACCCACAGCACCACCCCCGUCCCUUUCUGUUCAGUACAUCUGGUCAAAACAGCUUCAAUUUAUUUUAUUUUUUUUAAAAAGCAGCACAGAGUAUAGAGAGUCUUGGCUAUUCCACAGCCAGAGUUUGAGCACUUCUGCUUUGCAUCUUCACUUCCUGGCCCAUUUCCUCUAGAGCAGCCUUCCCUAGCCUGGUCCGUGCCAGAUGUUUCGGAUUGCAGCUGCCCUGGCUGGCGCUCAUGAUGUUGCAAUUCACAACAUCUGGAACGCAUCGGGCUAGGAAAGGCUGUUCCAGAGUAGACCUGGCAAACCUGUGGCCUAGCUGCAGACUCCCAGCUCCUAUCUGCCCCUGCCAACAUGGCCACUUGAGGCUUGUAAGCCAGCAGCAUUGGCCAGUCCCAGGUGUCCCAGGCCUACUCUAGAGGAAGCCCUCUUUCAGUACUCUGAACCAUAUCUAUCCUGGCUCUGAUCCAUUUUAUGCUUAAUGGCGGUGUUUGUGUGCAUGUGUUUUCCAUUGGCAGGGGGAGGGGGGACCCACUGGAGCAACUUUCCAAAAGAAAAAUUCAGUUUGUCAAAUUCCCUUGGCUGCUUUUCCAGACCUCAAGUUUCUGCAAAAUGUGGAUCCCCUUGAUCUUUGGUUUUUGAAAACUUGGGACGGCUGCAGCUUUGCUUGAGAGAGCUCUGAUUAGUUUGCCAAAUAUUCUAUAUUCUGGAAUAGUGUAGAACUCAAGCAUUUCAUAAGGGGAAAAAAGGGUGCUGUGUUACAUAGAUCUUGCAAGAACCGGUCACUUGAUGACAUCGGGGGGGGGGGGGCGGUUGCCCUUUGAACAUCUUGCAGCUCAGGCCUUGAAUUAUAUCUCCCAGGAAGGGCAGGGGGAGGCCAAGAAAUUUAACCUUCGGAGUAAAGAGUUUGUUGACUGUCUUGUCUGCGUGAAGACUGCUGAAUCAGGCAAACACUGAACUUUUCCAACAGGGCACCUCCAUUUGUAUCAUAUCCAGGCUAAGCUGCACCUGCAACAAAAUGUUGCAGUGCUGGGGAGAUGCUGUUCACACUCACCCAUCUAGUAAUCCCACAGGUGCUAUAGGUCUUUGCUAAAAACAAAAAAACCCCACCUAUUUCCAGCUUCCUAAUCCUACCUCUUAAGUAGUGAUAAAGCAUCUACUUCACACGUAGAAAGUCCGUGUGUGCAACACUUCGCCAGAUGGACCAAAUUGCUCUGACUGUACAUAAAAGCAAAUUCCCGUGUUUGCCCCACAAGCCUCCUAUGGGCUCCUCUCUUGGGCAUUUGAAGCACGCAGCAAGGAGCCACAAUGAUUACUAAAAGACCUUUGGUGGAAGACCAACCUUCCUGUGGCAGGGGCUUUUGACUAUUUGACCUAGUGUUGAGAGUGUUUGUGUCUUUGUGUCUGUUGGGCUGCAUGAUGCCAGAGUGCCUUCUAAUUCCUGGAUCCAGCAAGAGUUAAAAUAAUAGAUGAUUUCCCCCCCAAACCUUAUACUGUAUAAGGUAAAGUACCCCUGGACGGUUAUAUGGGGUUGCAGCGCUCAUCUCGCUUUCAGGCCGAGGGAGCCAGCGUUUGUCCACAGCUAGUUCUUUGGGUUAUGUGGCCAGCAGGACUAAACCGCUACUGGUGCAACGGGACACCAUGAUGGAAGCCAGAGCGCACGGAAACGUCGUUUACCUUCCUGCCACAGUGGUCCCUAUUCAUCUACUUGCACUGGUGUGCUUUCGAACUGCUAGAUUGGCAGGAGUUGGGACAGAGCAAAGGGACCUCACUCCGUCAGGGGGAUUUGAACCGCCGACCUUCUGAUCUGCAAGCCCAAGAGGCUCAGUGGUUUAUACCACAGCACCACCCGCGUCCCUGUAUAUGACAUCAAAAGUCUCACAUCAAAUAUAACUGAUCUGUAGACUUUACAAUCUGAAAAUAGACACAAUCGUGUUCUUUUGUAACCCCAGAAAAUAUUUAAUAAAAAAACAAUUAAAAAAGCAACCCCAU